AAAAAUAAUUGAAUGUAAAAGAGAGCAUUGAAUCUCAGACUGAGACAACAGACAUAGAGAGGGAAGAGAGAGAGAGUUAGAGAGAGAGACAGAGAGAGACAGAGAGAGAGUUAGAGAGACACCGUUCGGUGCUCCGCUGAAUACGGUUGUUGUGGCCCCUGCGCUCUGUUUUACACUCAAAAGGACCUCAUGUCUAACAUAGAGGAUAACAAAGAUCUCGGACAGAUGGACGUGGAUGCAUCUAAUGAGUCAGCUAACACCAUGCCAUCAUCUCAGAAGCAGGAAGAAGCUGUAAAGAAAAAAUAUGGAGGAAUGCUACCCAAAAAGCCACCACUCAUAUCUAAGGACCAUGAGCGUGCUUACUUUGAUUCUGCAGACUGGGCACUUGGAAAGCAAGGCGGUGAGAAGCCUAAGGGACCACUUGAGGCUCUUCGGCCUAAGUUACAGCCGACACAGCAGCAAACACGUUACCGGAAAUCUCCUUAUGCUCCUUCAGGAGAAGAAGGGGGAAGUGUUCCAGCCGAGGAUGCAUCUUCCACUGAGUAAGCAGCAAUCAGUCUUUUGAUGAUGUGCUGACUAUUGUUCUAUUUGUUGUUUUCAACAAUAAAGGAAGUUUAUCAUGUAUUCAUAUAAGCACAAGACAGAAUAUUUGACAUGCAAAUGAACUCAAUAGAGAUUUACUUGGGACUA